GGAGAGACACGUGGAGAGACACACAGAGACACACAGAGAGACAAAGAGACACGUGGAGAGACAGAGAGACACGUGGAGACAGACAGAGAGACACGUGGAGACAGACAGAGAGACACGUGGAGACAGAGAGACCCGUGGAGACAGACAGAGAGACACGUGGAGACACAGAGAGAGACCCGUGGAGAGACACGUGGAGACACACAGAGAGAGACACGAAGAGACACGUGCAGACACAGGGACACUGGGAGACGGAAUGGAGGGCGCUCUGCUCGUGUUGCUGCUCGCGACGGCCGUUGGAGCGGAUCUCCAGGUGUCCUCUCCGGAGAGUGUGGACGUGGAGCUGGGGAAGGACGCCGUCGUCCCAUGCACCUACACCCUCACGGUGCCGCCGGACACCACUCGGCCUUCCAUCGUCGUGCAGUGGUUCAUGGCGGACGACUCCGGCAGGAGGACGCGCCUGGUGUACCGCGAGGAGCCGCACGAGCACGUGGUGGACGUGGUGCCGGGGAAGAGCGAGCACAUCUCGCUGCGACCCGACAACUCGCUGGUGCUGGAGCGCGUGCGCGCCUCGGACGAGGGCGCCCUCGUGUGCCAGGUGUCGGCCAAGCAGCUGGGCUCCAGCGAGGCGGCCACGAAGAUCCGCGUCUACAAAAAUCCGGAGCUCACCAUCAAGGCCUCGACAGCCUCCAUCGGAGUCCUCCACGAGCCCGGAAAGGUGGCCACGUGCAUUGCGAGUCUGGGGUUCCCGGCCUCCUCCAUCGAGUGGCUCAAAGACGGAGAGCUCCUCCCCGAGAACCAGGAGAAAAACGAAGAGCUGUACAUGAGGGUGCACGAGGAGAAGGAUUCGUUGGGUCUCUACACCGUGACCUCUGAACUCUACUACCGCCCGAGCCGCAAGGAUGCAAACUCUGUGUACCAGUGCCGCUCCCACCACCAGACCUCGUCCGGAGUCAACGUCAGCCUCAUCUACCCAACGGAGAGACUCUCGCUGUCCGUGAGUCCCCGUGGCCCCGUGGUGGUGGGAGACCGGGUCACCCUUCACUGUGCGGCUGACGGGAACCCAGCUCCCGAGUUCACCUUCUCUCGCUCCGUUGGAGAGGAGGAGGAGGAGGACGAGGAGGACGAGGAGGACGAGGAGAAGGUGUUGAAGGAGGAGCUGCAGACCGGCAUGGAGCCCAGCUGGGUGCUCGAGGCGGCGUCGCAAGGGGACUCGGGGCGCUACCUCUGCUCCGGCUUCGACCUCGACUUCCCCGACCUCCCGCGGCACCACGCGACCAUCAGCUUGCUCGUGCACUAUCUGGAGGACGUUUGGCUGAGCCCCGUGGGACCCCUAACCGUGCUGCGCGGUCAGGACGCGUCACUCUCCUGCUCCACCAAGGGGUCGGCUCCCAUCGAAUACGCCUGGUGGAAGGGCUCCCAGCGGCUCUCCCAGGGCCACGAGCUGCACCUGGCCAACGCGGAGCUGGCGCACUCGGGCCUGUACCGGUGCGACGCCACCAUGCCCGGCGUGCCGGGGCUCUCCCGCUCCGCCACCAUCAAAGUCUCCAUCGAAGACAAGCCAAGCAUCGUGGCGCUGGACACGGUGGUGGUGAGCUCCGUGGACCAGCAACUGGUGCUGAGCUGCCAGGCCCAUGGGCCGCCCUCCCCAAUCGUCACGUGGAACAUCCUCACCGUGCCCCAGGAGCAGGCGUUCGCGAACGGCUCCGUGAGCAGCUCGGUGGAGGUCAUCGUGACCUCGGAGCUGACAAGCCGCGGGGUCGCGUGCGUGGCCACCAACGCCCACGGAGAGAGCGAGCAUCGCUUCUUCUUCUCCACGGCUGACCCGACGCCCAUCGCUGCAACGGCAGCCCCGCAGAACUCAUCGUCGUACCUGCUGCCCGUGGUGGUGACCUUGGUGGUGACCGUGGUGCUGGUGGUCCUGCUGUUGCUGGGAGCCUACUACUGGUACAGGCGGCAGAGGUCGGGCUCCAGCAACAUAGACAGCAAGGCCAACAGCGGGCAGCGAGCACGACCAGGCGGGGUGGAGGAGAAGAAGCCGCUGCAGGAUCGCUCUCCGGACGUGUGAGGAAACCGAUUCAAGCACUCUGCCUGACGAUGAUGUGCACCGCCUCGACAUGCAUCCUGAACGUUAGAGCGACGACCGAACAAGAACCUUGGCGAUUUUUUUUCUCCUGAUGACGAUUGCUUGGUGUUGCGAUCGAAACGUCGUCGUUUUUUGUUAUUUCUUUGUAAUUUUUUUGUUAUUUUCGUUGAACCUGUCGACGUGACUUUACCGAAAGACCCAAGAAGAAUAAGAACCUGAGCGACCCGACCGACGCUGCAGAGCUCAGUUGUGAAGGCAACGUGGACGAUGUUGUACCCAGUGGCCUUCAUUGAUCCAUGCAUGGGCCGAUUGAAAUCAUAUUUAAUUGUCCUUUUAUUUAAUCAAUGGAAAUUCUAUUUGUAGCCUUUAUUUAACCAGAUAUACGGCCCAAUUGAGUUUCAGUUCUUGGCCUAUAUUUAACCAGCGGAGGCAUUAAUGGAGAUGUAGGAGUGUAUUGGCUUUACUUCACCAGGUGAGGUCCAAUUGAGAUCCAUGAUUAUUUUCCGGAGCCUCGUAUAAUUCGGAUCAUAUGAUCGUGGUAACGAGAGUCGCGGAGCAAAUACAAGUUGAGUGCAAGCUACUGUAUGGACAACAGCGUUAUCAUACCUCGUAUCACAAGAUCACUCCCUGUAAUUAUCCUUAAUCACCUUCGCUUACCGUACUACUUAUCGCGAAUUGGCGAGGUCGCGGCGCACGUGCGUGGCGGCCAUGACGACGGUUACUACUACUAUGAGCGUGUUUCCCUUUCGAUGGUUGCGCUGCUGGUGACGGGCAGAGCGGUGGUUUCUAUGGCGACGGCUUUCACUCUCUCGACGACAGCUCCCUCGCCCCGCGGGACUUUUGCGAGCCGCCCUUAGCUCCCCGGACCCUCCUCGACCGUCCCUAACCCUCCCCAUCCAUCCCAACAUCUCACCCCAACCGUCCCUAACCCUCCCCAUCCCAACAUCUAACCCCAACUGUCCCUAACCCUCACGCGAUCUCCGUGGCCGACCUCCCACCCCGCCCUUCGCCGCACCCUCGGCCUGCUCCUCGUCCUGUCUGCCGUCUGAGCUCUCGGCGUUGGUGACGAUGAAGCGGUCCGGCUGGGGCGGUCCGGCUGGGAGAUGGAGUGGAACCCACGCGCUGCUCGCCGUCACGACGCAGCCACUGUGGCGGCUCCUGCAUAUUCGUAAUAAUAGUGCUCAUUAAGCAUUGGUUAAGUCGUCGGAGUGUGUGAUGUUUUGCAAAUGUUUGGAUGUGAUUUUAUUUCACGAUAUUGCGAUUGUAGCAAAUAGGGUUUGUCCAAUGUAUACAGCUUACUUUUUACAAUGUUUUUAUGUAUCUUGAAUUGCAUUACCUUGAGUUGUUUCAGUGUAGCUUUGUCUUUUUAAAUUGAAGCUUCUUUCGAUCUUGUUUAUCCCGCUCAAGACGCGGAAACCAAGGGCGAGAACCGUUAUCCUGUUAGAGUCUCCGCGAUCGUUCACACGAUGCGGUUCCCAUUCUCUGCCUUGGAACGCACGGUGCUUGGAACGUCUCGCUUGGGACCGAGCUACGGGAGGAUGAGCGACGAGGUAGGAUAUGUGGCGAUGCUGCCGCUAGGCGGUGGUGCACAAGCACAAAUGGCGAAGACGUCUCAACACGCUCCGUGUCGGAACAACGCCGUGCGUGUGUGUGGCCUUAACAGGGAAAAUACACAAUGGGUGACGUUUCAGGCAAUGGCCCUUCAUGGCACAUGCAUAGAGGGGCCAGUAGAGGGACAGAGUGCACGAUGAGAGUUGGAGACAGAACUUGUUCAUACCAUGGGGAGACCGAUGAUCAUUACAUAAAAAAACACGUUUUCUGCUGACACCAGUUUUUAAGUAGGGGUAUGAAUUGUUACCUGAUGGUAACUACGAAGUGUUGUUGGGAGACGUUGAAUCCAUUCGGAAAUCUCGUGGAGGCAGUGCAUCACCGAGUACGGGACAAUGAUAUUCAAGUCCUAGAGGGAUGAUUCUUUUUGCCAAGCUGACAAUAAAACUGCGUUUAUAUAAAUGUGUUGCGUGCUCACACACUUCUGUAGAAUGCCUCUUGCAAUGCCAGAAGUGUGUGUGUGUGUGAUUUAAUGAGUUUCCGCUUGCCAAAGUUAUUUGAGAAGUGCUGUACGGCUCUCGGCAAAGCUGGAAAUCGCGCAAUUUAUGAAUCGUCACUUGCAGCUGCUUUGUCCAGAACCGAGCGAGCAGUUGAACAAUGAGGAACUGAAACCCGUCCAUCAUUUGGGAUCGUAAUGAGCAAUUACAGAAAUGUUGUCACGUGGCUACAAGUCGCCAUUGAGCAGAUCGACCAUUGGAAGCAUCGUGUGUACUCUCUCAUGAACAGCAGCCAGUGGCAUGACACUGCUCGCAACUGCUUGCGGAGAUGUCCACGCUUAAGCGACGCAGUUGCGUGCAGUCAAGUCGUGCGAGUCAUUGGUCAGGUCUGGUUCGCCGAUUGAAGGAGGCUUCACCACCCCUGGCUGAGGAGGCUCUGUAUGUGGCCGUGCUUCCGUUCACUCUGUUCAAACGCGCGUUGUCACUCUGUUCAAACGCGCGUUGUCACUCUGUUCAAACGCGCGUUCUCACUCUGUUCAAACGCGCGUUGUCACUCUGUUCAAACGUGCGUGCACUCUGUUCAAACGCGCAUCUGGUUUGCCAUGGCGCCGCGUGCGUUGUAGCUAGAAGGGUGAAUACAGUAAGAAUGAGCCCAAGA